AUGAAUGAGAAGCAGCAGAAUUUGCCGAGACCAACAGCAACAGCAGCAACAACAACAACACUGCUGCUGCUGCUUGUUGUGCUUGCUGCGACGUGCGGCGUUGGCGUUGGCGGUGCUGUGCUGGAGGUGGACGUGGAUGGGCGCCUUGUCGUUAACGCAGGUGGAGCUGGAGGGAAGGUGGUGCUGAACGAAGGGCUGGAUUUUGUGGCAGAGCUGCAGGGGCUGGCGGAGGAAUUUCGGCUGCUGAAGCGAGGCGCGGGCGCCGUUUGCAGGCAGCCACCCCCACAGCCGUACAUCGACCACAUCCCCGCCAAGGAUGACAGCAAGCAAGGAGACGGUGCGACCGCGGCGUCGCCUCAGUGGUACGGCGGCGUCGUGGCGCCAAACGGCAAGAUCUACGCGGUACCAAGCAAUGCGUCCGCGAUUAUGGUGCUGGACCCCGAAACGCGGCAAGUGGACACCGCUGCCAUCCCCGUCAACUCAAGCGUGAAUCGCGCAUGGGCCGGCGCAGCGCUGGCGCCCAACGGCAAGAUCUAUUGCGUCCCUUCCAAGAGCAGAAGCGUGCUUGUCGUGGACACCAACACAAACAUGGCAGACGCCACGUCGAUUCCCAUCGACCUCGCCUCUGGGUACAGCGACAAGGCGCUCUUCGAGGACGCCGUGCUGGCCGACAACGGCAUGAUCUAUGGCAUGCCGCGCAGCUCCGACUUUGUGCUUGUCGUCGACCCAGCCACCAACUCUGUCGACACCACAACCCUCCCCGUUAUGCCCGGCGAUGACAAGUGGGUUGGUGCCGUCCGCGAUGGUAAUGGCAUGAUCUUUGGUAUCCCACACACCGCCGAUGUCGUGCUCGUCAUCGACACCCAGGCCGCUUCCCUGGGCACCGUGGACACGCACAGCAUCAACGUCCCCAGUGGACUGCAGAAAUGGGCCGGCGGCGUGCUUGCAGGCAACGGCAAGAUCUACGGCAUCCCACACACUGCGAGCACUGUGCUCGUCAUCGACCCCGUCGCCAUGAGCGUCAACUACACCGAGAUCACUGACGCGGGCAUGCGGCCCGGAAAGUGGUGGGGCGGUGCCCUUGCCCGAGCGGAUGGCCGCAUCUACGCGCCCCCCUUCAACGCCAACGAAGUGCUUGUCAUCGACCCCGGCAAGAACACCGCGCGUGCUGCAAUCAGCGUGACGGAUGAUGGUGGCGUCGAGCUCAGCCUUGCUGCAUGGCAGGGCGCCGUGGCCAGCGCCGAUGGCACCACCGUGUACGGCAUCCCGACUCAGGCAGCCUCCAUCCUCGUCAUUAAGCCGGGCUGCCUUGGAUUUGUGUCUGCUUCGCAGCUACACCCCUUCACUCAGAGCGCCAAUCGCGUGCUUGACGGGUUUGUCAAGGCAAGCGACCUGGCUGUCCAGGGAAGUGGCGUGGACCCGUCUCUUGCAGGCCUGAUCCUCGGCGUGUGCAUCUGCUUCACCUUUGGGCGCCAGUGGUGCAGUGGCCUCUUCUCCUGA